AUGCUUUACUUUAUUGGACUUGGACUAUCUUCUGUAAAAGAUAUUACUGUUAGAGGGUUAGAAUUAGUAAAAAGUUGUGAUCGGGUCUAUUUAGAAACCUACACCAGUAUUCUCGGGGUUCAAAAUGAAUCAUUAGAGGAAUUUACUGGGAAAAAAAUUAUACUUGCAGAUCGUACCCUUGUUGAACAAGAUUCCGAUCAAAUUUUAGAAGAUGCGAAUGAAAAAAAUAUUGCAUUUCUAGUGGUUGGAGAUCCUUUUGGGGCCACCACCCAUACCGAUCUUUGGAUCCGCGCUAAAGAAAAAAAAAUUCCCGUGAAAAUUAUUCACAAUGCCUCGAUAAUCAACGCUGUUGGUUGUACGGGCCUGCAACUUUAUAGAUUUGGAGAAAUUAUUUCAAUGGUUUUUUUCACUGAAACGUGGAAGCCAGAUUCUUUUUAUGAUAAGCUUAAAGCUAAUCGUGCUGCUGGCCUGCAUACUUUAUGCUUAUUAGAUCUUAAGGUAAAAGAGCAAAGUGUUGAGAAUCUCUUGAGAAAUCGCGUCAUUUUUGAGCCACCUCGAUUUAUGAAAAUUUCAGAAUGUAUUGAGCAGCUGCUUUUUGUGGAGGCCGCGCGUAAGGAAAACGUUUACGAUGAAGAGACUUUAUGCGUCGGCGUUGCGCGCCUUCAAAGUGACUCUGAACAGAUUAUUUUUGCUUCGCUUGGCGAACUGAAAACGAUCGACUUCGGAUCUCCUUUGCAUUCGCUUUUGAUUACUGGAGUUCUUAACGAGAAUGAACUCGAAAUGUUGAAGUAUUUUGCAACUGAAGCAACUUUAAGGAAGAUUGAAGCUUUAAGAAAAGAUCGAAUUAAAAAUUUUCUACAUUAA